CAAAUCUAAAAGAGAGUUUUUUUAUUUAAAAAGAAUGAUAUUUUAUGAUAUUUUUCUCUGAGUGUCGUCGUCCUAAAUAUCUUAUCUACUACUUUGGGUCAUCUUUUCAGCUAAGAAAGAGAGCAAAAAUGUCAAUAUUAGCACCGAAUUCUCACAUUCUAUGCCGAGAAAUCUGUCACAGAAACGAACAACCACAACAACAGUUUUGGAGUGGUGGGAGUUGUUUGGUUCUGUUGAAUUCUUAUGGGUUCGGUUUUGAUCGUAGUAAAGGUGAGUGGAAGAAGAUAGCAAAGAGAGAAUUCAGAGUUGAUGCCUUUUGGCAAGACUUGUCGAGACCUACUUUUGUAGAAAUGGAACCCAUCAAGGAUUGUGAUCAGUUGGAUCAGAUUUUAGUCCAAGCAACACAACUCUCCCAACCUAUCAUCAUCGAUUGGAUGGCUGCAUGGUGCCGAAAAUGCAUAUAUUUGAAGCCUAAAUUGGAGAAAUUGGCAGCCGAGUACGACACCAAAAUCAAAUUUUAUUGCGUGGAUGUCAACAACGUACCUCAGGCACUAGUGAAGCGCGGAAAUAUUUCUAAAAUGCCAACAAUUCAGCUGUGGAAAGAUGGAGAGAUGAAGGAAGAAGUAAUUGGAGGGCAUAAAGCAUGGCUAGUGGUGGAUGAAGUGAGAGAAAUGAUCAAAAAAUAUAUAUGAUUAUUGAUUAAUUGUCUACACCAUCUUCUUCUUCUUCUUCUUCUUCUUUUUUAUUUUUUUUUUAAAUUCCAUUUUCUUGGUUUAUCAUGUGUAAUCGUCAUCCUAUAUACAAGCAUCAUGUCUGUACAGUAGUAAUACCAUCCUAUAUGCCUACCAUUAAGCAGCUUAAAAUACAUUUUAAACCCACAUCUUUUUGCCAGUGUUUGGUAUUUCAAAUUUAAGGCUUUGUCCUUCUUCGUGCUUGUGGGCUGAUUCUGUCAUCUCUCAUCUUCCGGCGGCAAUACCACAUUUUUUUUUCUCUC